AUGAGGCUAGGUGUGGUGCUGUUCUUGCUGUUCCCACCUGCUGUCUCGUCAGCUGCUCCUUCGGCAACAAGCACCGGGGCUGCUCCUCCUCCUCCUCCUCCUCCUCCUCCUCCUCCUCCUCCUCCUCCUCCUCCUCCUCCUCCUCCUCCUCCUCCUCCUCCUCCUCGUCCUCCUCCUCCUCGUCCUCCUCCUCCUCCUCCUCCUCGUCCUGCCAAGGGUAAUGACCGGCUGAGUCGGCCUGAGCUGCCAGCGGGGGAGGUCACCGAGACGGUUGUUACUGUUGAGGAGGUCAGUGAGGAGGUUGUGGUGGAGGAGUGUAUUCUGACGUGUGAGCGGGCGUUGGUGAAGGCGAGUGUCGAGGCUGGGGAGGUGAGACGGUGUCUUGGGGUUACGGUGAGGAGGAGGGCGGGGGUGGAUAAUUGUGUGUAUUUUGUUGGCGGGGUGGAGGUGGUGGAUUUGGAGGUUGUGUUGUUAAUUGAGGAGGAGGUUCAGGGUGGUAGGUUGGGUGAGGAGGUGGACGAGGACGAGGACGAGGAUCUGAAGAGCGAUUCUUUUGUUCCUGUUGGGAGGGUUAGGAGGGAGUAG